AUGGACACCGAGCCCCCUCCCUUCUUCCCCUCCUCCUGGGACUGGAAGGCCGGCGGCGGGACUCUGGAGCUCGGCCAGAGCUCGCCCGCGCACAGCCUGUCGCCAUCCCCGUCCUUCGACUCGUACACCUCCUCCCCUUAUCCCCUGCUGGUGGACCUGCCCUGUGGCACUGGCGGCGGGAGCGAAGCGGGUGGCAGCUUGAGGGGGUACCCGCUGGGGGAGUUUCCUUCCGUCUACCUCUCGAGCCCCGGGCAGGGCCAAGGUCAGAAGGGGCCCAAAGGGCGGAUGUCGGUCCAGCGCCGGCGAAAGGCCAGCGAAAGAGAGAAGCUGCGGAUGAGGACGCUGGCGGAAGCCUUGCACACGCUGCGCAAUUACCUCCCUCCGGUUUACACCCAGCGGGGCCAGCCUCUCACCAAGAUACAGACGCUGAAAUACACCAUCAAGUACAUCAGCGAACUCACGGACUUGCUGAACACCGUCAAGCAAGGACAGAUGCCUUGA